GAGAGUAUCAGAAGAGUUCUCUGCAAGUCUGAUCAUAGAUCAUAGCCUAGGCAUCAGUAAACAAGGACAACCACACCAAGUUGAUCCAGCACUCUGCGCUUUUGAAACUUGUGGAUGUCUGAAAACUAGACUGUUCUUUUAUCCUUGACGGUUUAAAUCUGAGAGUCUCCUUCAGCAUUCUUGAUGGAGAGAUUCAAUUCUAACAAAGGGGGGCACAUCAACUCUGCCUAUGAUUCCAACCUGGAUGAACCUCCAGUUUAUGAGGAGACCAACGAUGACCACAGGAUGGUGCGACCCUCCGUGAUCAGCGCCUUCGGUCAUGACACUCUGGACCGCGUGCCCCACAUUGACUUCUACCGCAAUGCAGGCAGCAUGAGUGGCCACAGAGCUGUGCGACCCUCCCUGCAGGAGCUCCACGAUGUGUUUCAGAAGAAUGGGGCGAUCUCUGUCCCAGACACAUUGGAGGACGAUGGCGAGAGGAGCAUUGGGACCCCCUCUGACGAUUUAGAGUCUGCUGCUCCCACUGACGAUAUGACGGGCAUGGUAAAGUUUGGCUGGAUAAGAGGAGUCCUGGUGAGAUGCAUGCUCAACAUCUGGGGUGUCAUGUUGUUCAUCCGUCUGUCCUGGGUUUUUGGUCAAGCAGGCUGGGGUCUGGGAAUUGUGAUCAUCGCGCUCAGCUGUGUGGUCACCACCAUCACCGGCAUUUCCAUGUCUGCUAUUUGUACUAAUGGUGUGGUGAGAGGAGGAGGUGCCUACUAUAUGAUAUCUCGCAGUUUGGGACCAGAGUUCGGUGGUUCUAUUGGUCUUAUUUUCGCAUUUGCCAACGCAGUGGGUGUAUCCAUGUAUGUGGUGGGAUUUGCUGAGACAGUGGUCGACUUGCUAAAGGAGCACUCUGCUAUCAUGGUGGAUGAAAUGAACGACAUCAGGAUCAUUGGCUGUAUUACAAUUGUGCUGCUCUUGGGUAUAUCAGUUGCUGGGAUGGAAUGGGAGGCAAAGGCGCAAAUUAUUCUUCUGGUUAUCCUGCUGGUGGCCAUAGUGAAUGUUUUUGUAGGAACAGUCAUUCCUGCAACCAAAGAAAAGAAAGCCCAAGGGUUUUUCAAUUAUAGAUCCAAAAUCUUCUUAGAGAAUUUUACUCCAGAAUUUAGGGACGGUGAGACAUUUUUUUCAGUAUUUGCCAUCUUUUUCCCCGCGGCAACUGGGAUCCUGGCUGGAGCUAACAUCUCUGGAGACUUGCGGGAUGCCCAAGCUGCACUACCCAAAGGUACCUUGUUAGCCAUCCUGAUCACUGGUCUCACCUAUCUGGCAAUGGCUCUUUGUGUCGCUGCUACUGUUGUCCGUGAUGCCACAGGCAACUCAUCCAGCAUCAUAAAUUACACAACACCAGUAAUUUGCAAUGGUUCAACAGCGGUUGCUUGUGAACUCGGCUACGAUUUUUCUUCCUGUGAAGUAGAGAAAUGCAAGUUUGGCUUGAUGAAUAACUUCCAGGUCAUGACCUUGGUGUCUGGGUUUGGUCCUCUCAUUAUUGCUGGAACAUUUUCAGCCACCCUGUCAUCAGCCCUGGCUUCCCUUGUCAGUGCGCCUAAAGUCUUCCAGGCACUGUGUAAAGACAACAUCUACAGGGCCCUGCACUUCUUUGCCAAAGGACAUGGCAAAAACAACGAGCCAAUCCGUGGUUAUGUCCUCACAUUCAUCAUUUCUGUUGCUUUCAUUCUCAUCGGUGACCUCAACACAAUCGCUCCUAUCAUCUCAAACUUCUUCCUCGCGUCUUACGCCCUCAUCAAUUUCUCCUGCUUCCAUGCAUCUUAUGCCAAAUCUCCAGGUUGGAGACCGGCAUAUAAAUAUUACAACAUGUGGACGUCCCUGCUGGGAGCAUUGCUCUGUUGCGUUGUUAUGUUUGUUAUCAACUGGUGGGCUGCUCUGCUCACAUAUGGCAUUGAAUUCCUCCUCUACAUAUAUGUCACAGUGAAGAAGCCCGAUGUGAACUGGGGUUCGUCCACGCAAGCGGUGACGUUUGUGAGUGCAGUCAGCAAUGCUCUAUCUCUGUCAGGUGUGGAGGAUCACGUCAAGAACUUCAGGCCUCAGAUCUUAGUUCUGACGGGUUCAACACGAAGCAGGCCUGCUCUCCUUGACCUGGCUCACUCCUUCUCUAAGAACUAUGGACUAUGCAUCACCUGCGAAGUGUUUGUGGGCCCCAGAUCAGAGACCUUUGAAGAGAUGAACAGUGCAAUGGAGAAGAACCAGUUGUGGCUUAAGAAGAAAAAACGCAAGGCAUUUUACGCUGCCGUGGCCUGUGAUAACUUCAGAGAAGGGACUGAGAGUCUGCUGCAGGCUUCUGGUCUUGGCCGUAUGAAACCUAACACAUUAAUGAUAGGCUUCAAGAAAAACUGGAGGACUGCCGGGGCAGAAGCAGUUCAGAGUUACGUGGGAAUACUUCAUGAUGCAUUUGACUUUGAGUACGGGACCGCAAUGUUGAGGGUGAACCAGGGACUGGAUGUGUCUCACAUUGUCGAGGCAGAAGAGGAGAUGCUAAGGGCAGCAAAGGAGCAAGAGGCUCUGGAGAAUGAGAUGAUGCCAAAUGGAGGGAAGGGAAAAGGGCUAUUCAGGAAAACCAGGAAGUCAUCUCAGCAAGUGCUCACGACCAGAGUGUCGGUGUGUGGCUCUGCACCGCCACAGGUUGCCAAAAUGAAUGAGAAGCUGUUGGAAGCCAGUCUUCAGUUCAAGAAGAAACAGCCCAAAGGCACCAUUGAUGUGUGGUGGCUGUUUGAUGAUGGAGGUCUUACACUGCUCCUCCCCUACAUCCUCACUACCAGGAAGAAGUGGAAAGACUGCAAAAUGAGGAUCUUCAUCGCAGGACAGCCUGGACGCAGUGAUCUGGAUAAGGAGGAGAUGAAGGGCUUGCUGAAGAAGUUUAGAAUUAACUGCAGUGACAUUAAUGUCUUUGAUGACCUACAUAUCAAGCCCAGGUCUGAAAGCUUGAAGGAGUUACAGGAGAUGAUUGAGCCUUUCCGUCUGCAUGAAGGGUCCAAAGACCCUGAUCAGAUUAGAGCCUUGCAGAAAGAGCAGCCCUGGAAGAUCACCGACAAAGAGCUAAGCCAGUUUGAGGAGAAGACACACCUCCAGGUACGACUGAAUGAGCUCCUCAAGGAACACUCCAGAUCAGCCAAUUUAAUCAUUGUGAGCAUGCCAAUAGCUCGUAAAGAAACGAUCUCUGAUUUCCUCUACAUGGCCUGGCUGGACAUUCUGACAAAGGACCUUCCACCCACCCUGCUCAUUAGAGGCAACCACAAGAGCGUGCUCACUUUCUACUCUUGAGCACUUUCCAUGCUAACAAUCCGAGUGUGAUAUAGCUAGAAAGGAAAAGGAAUGGUGUUGCCGUAAUGACAAGCCAUGUUUAAAUAAAAUGUACAAGAAUUUCCAGGCCAGCAGAAAAGUGUAACACAAUCAAGCAUUUGUGGAUAACUCCAGUUGAAAGCAUGUAUGUAUCAAAUGAUACAUCAAAAGUCUAAUGCCCUUAAAGAAAGGACACACACACACAACAAGUCUGUAUUUCCGAAAUUGAAUUUGUAAAUGUGAAUGUGUCUGAAUAUGAAUUUAGCAGCUUAGAAGAACACAUAGUCAAAUCAAUUCAAAUCAGUUCAUAAACAAAGGCAGAGACACAACCACGGCUGUGCAAUGGUCAUACUGAAUGUGACUGUAAAAUAAUUGUAUAUAGUAGAUGUGUGUAUUCUAGAAAUGAUCAACAUCUUGUUAUUGGCAACUUUAUUAUCAGUUCUUUUUUUAAACACUUGUUAUAUUCACUGUGUAAAAUACACUGCUGCCAUUAUACAGAUGUUUACCUUUCACGUGACAUUUUUUCAAUAUUUUUCAUGUUACUUUCAUAGUACACUUUUUAAGGGCAACAGAAUAAGGUAGAACAUUAUAAAUCAGAUUAUUCUGUAAAUUUUACCCUUCCUAUUUUAGUCUAUCUAUUUAAGCACAUUAUGUUAAUCAGCUGAAAUAAAGAUUAAAAACAUUUGUGAUGUC